UUUAUAUAACCUCAAAAAACACUCGGCGUAUAGCAAAAGCACAAAAUACAAAAAAUUCUAAGUAGCCGUGGGACAAACAGACCAAACAUUUUUUUUCUUUCGUGCUAUUUCAUUUGUAAAUUGACUGAACAAACGUAAUUGCAACGUGUUAUUACAUCUUACAUAUACAAUAGAGUAAUCAUGUCUGACUUUGAGAAUCUAUCCGGUAACGAUAAGGAACUGCAAGAGUUUCUCAUGAUUGAGAAACAAAAGGCGCAAGUUAAUGCACAGAUACAUGAGUUCAAUGAAAUUUGCUGGGAGAAAUGCAUUGGGAAGCCGAGCACCAAGCUGGAUCAUGCCACAGAGACGUGCCUCAGCAAUUGUGUGGAUCGCUUCAUUGAUACCUCGCUCCUGAUCACACAACGUUUUGCACAAAUGCUGCAAAAGCAAAGUGGGGGCAUGUAAUUGCUGCAAACGCAAUUGCAAUAACAACAAUAAUACUGUGUGGCGUAAGAAGUACAACAACAACAACUGCUGUAAUCAAUUAGUUGGACCGUUAGUGGAGCGCACAUGUUCGAUAGCUAUGUGUGUGGAGGCUGGCCAAUCAAUCGAAUACCCUUGUGUUCCGUUUUACUAUCGUUUAUCGUUUAACAUCGCAAUAACAACAACAACCACAACAAAACCAAACCAAACUAAAUAACUUUACACGUAAUUUCUAAAAAUUUACCAUGUAAGAAGCGUUAGAAGAGUUUUUGCUAUUACCCUUUUCCUUUCUCUUUUUUUGUGGCUUCCGAAUAUAUUCUUUUGGACACAAAACGGUGCUAAAUUUAUCCUCUGUCGUUUCACCGUGCAGCGACCGAAACUUUAAAAUUCCGAAACCAAAAAAAAAACCGAGAGCAAGAAGAAAGAAUAACAUAAAUCACACACACACACAAUCUGAAAGACGAAAAGAAACGCAAGAUGAACUAGGAAAAAAUACAUUGUACUAUAUUGUU